AUGGUAGAUAAGAAGAUUUGUUUAGUAGAAACAUUAGAUCAUUUUGAACUUUCACCUCUAGCUAAACAUGUCUAUAAAUGUUGUCUUGAAUUUUUGCCUAAUUGUGUGACACAAGAUGAUAUUCAGAAUAUGCUUAAGAAUAAAAGUGUUGAAGACUUGGAAAAAAUAAUUAAUGAACUUCUUGGAAAGAGGUUGAUAGAUGCAUUUGUACAAGGAAACCAAUUAAUAUAUAAAGCGGUUCAAAAAGAUGAAGCAAAAAAGAUUUCGUCAAUGGAUGGAGAUGAAGCAAUGGUAUUUAAUUAUAUAAAAGAUGCAAGUAAUGAAGGUUAUAUUGUUACUAUAAAAGCUCUUGAUUUAUCUUUAUUAGGAAUAUGGAGUAGGACUAUAAAAAUAAAAACAAAUCUUCAUACAACUGUUUUAAAUAGAGCUUUAAAAAGCUUAGAAUCGAAACAAUUAAUUAAAGCAGUUAAAUCAGUUAAAAAUCCUACACGUAAAAUAUUUAUGAUUUAUGAUUUAGUCCCUUCUAUAGAACUUACAGGCGGGCCUUGGUUUACUGAUCAAGAGAUGGAUCUAGAAUUUAUAGAACGAUUGCAGGGAGCCUUGUAUAAAUACAUUUUGUCUCAUUCAUAUCCAAAAUCACAGGAUACUUUAUUCUCUCCGUCAUAUUCUGGAUAUUUAACUGCCGAGCAAAUUCACUCUUGGCUUAAAAAUAGUGGGAUAACUCAAGUAGAUCUUGAGUUGUCUGAUGUUGUAAACUUAUUGAAUGUUCUUGUUUAUGAUAGAAAAAUUGAAUAUUGUCAAAAUGGAACUGCAUUUAAGGCUUUACGUAGAGUUAAUCAUAAAAACAUUCAUGAUUUUACAGAAACUGCAUGUGAAUCAUGUUUAAUAAAUAAUCUUUUUUCUAAGGAGAAAAAUACAUCUAAUAAUUUCUGUAUUUAUUUCCGUUCAUGGCUUGAUAAUAAUUUAUGA